GCCGCGUGACGGGAGCGGGACGUCACUGUGUCAGGACGUGUGCCGUGUGCCGCGGCACGCUCUGACGUGCGCAGACCUGUGCCGGCGCCAGUGUGAUGUAGGCGGCCAUGCGGCGCGCUGAGACGGGUCCGAUGUCAGGGGCGAGGGCGGCCGGCGGCGCGCUGGCCGCCGUGCUGGCGCUCGUGCUGCUGCAGCCAGCGGCCGUGCACGGAUACUACAACUGGAUGUACCUGGGCCUGCUGGGCUCGGGCCACCACGGGCCGCAAAUGUCCUCCGACCAGCCGUACUCGGCCACACCCGAGGACCACGCCCGCUCCAUCUGCGCCGCCCUGCCCGGCCUGGUGGCGCGCCAAAUCGAGGUGUGCCAAAUUCACCCGAACGCCAUACCGUCCGUGUCGAGCGGCGCGCGCAAGGGCAUCCAGGAGUGUCAGUGGCAGUUCCGCAACGAGCGCUGGAACUGUACCACCUCCACCGACACCGAGCAAAACGUGUUCCAGUACACGCUGCAGCGAGGCAGCAAAGAGACGGCGUUCGUCUACGCCGUGACCUCGGCGGGGGUCGUGCACGCCGUGACCCAGGCCUGCAGCUCGGGCAACCUGACCGAGUGCACCUGCGAUCUCACCUACGAGGGCAGGUCGACGCCGCAGGGCUGGAAGUGGGGCGGCUGCAGUGACAACGUCAAGUUCGGCAUCAACUUCGCGCGCCAAUUCGUGGACGCGCCGGACCGGGCCAGGAAGGAUGACCCGAGGAAGCUGAUGAACAUCCACAACAACGAGGCCGGCAGGCUGGCGGUCCGCAACCUGAUGAAGAUGCAGUGCCGGUGUCACGGCGUGUCCGGCUCGUGUGAGCUCAAGACCUGCUGGAGGACCAUGCCUCCCUUCAACGCCAUCGGCGACUUCCUCAAGAAGCGAUAUCGACGGUCGGUCGAGGUGGCGAUCAAGCGGCGACGCUUGAGGCGCAAGCGGCGGCGCGGCCGCGGCCGGCGCAGCCAGCAGGCGCCCAAGGCGCGGGCGUUGGUGUACAUCGACCAGAGUCCCAACUACUGCCUGCACGAUCCCAAGAUGGGCGUGCUGGGUACGCAGGGCCGCGAGUGCAGCAAAAACUCCAACGGUCCUGACAGCUGCGACCUGCUCUGCUGCGGCCGCGGCUACAAUACCGAGGUGGUGCGGCGGGCUGAGCGUUGCCACUGCAAGUUCGUCUGGUGCUGCAAAGUGCACUGCAAGACGUGCAUCACGCUGCUGGACACGCACACGUGUAAAUAGCUCGGUCGACGCUUUAAACAUUUGUAGCGGGAGUGCGGCGGGCGGCCCGGCCGCCGGUUCCUGUCGCCCGCCGGGCGUCGGCGCGCCGCCCCAGAAGCCGGUAGCUAGCGGCGGCGGUCGGACGGACUCUGUUCGGUGUGGGCUGCGGCGGCCGUCGGGUCUGUUGGUGUGGUGCAGCGCUUGCGUAGCAGGCGGCGGCGCGCGCCCGUCGUCGCCGACCACCGAACACGACCGCGUAGCGGCGGCUAGACGACAGCGGCAGAAUCUCACGCGAGCGCAUUGUUUCUAGCUUGUAAGGUGUCUAACGAGUGGCCGGCUGCCAGAUGAGUGGUCGGAUCUGUCGUAUCUGGAUACUUUGUGGACGGUUCUGGUGAGAUUUGACGGACGAAUCGCCGGUGACCGGUGCGUUUUCUCAACUGCUGCCGACAGUAUUUUCAUGUAGAAUAGACUGUUGUUCAUCGGAAUCUUGCAGCCGUCAGUCCUUGCGAUUCUAUGUUAGUUGCUGCGAAACACGCGUAUCUGAGGUGACUGAGCGCUGGCGGCGGUGGUUGUGGUGGACAGUGACGUCACACAGACCGUGACGCCGUCAAAUGAUCAAGGUCAUCAUGUUUCAAAGAGUCUGUUAGCAUCGGUAUCAUCUUUUGUUAUUCUUCCUUGGAAGCGACGUGUAAAUAAGAACGUAUGCUAAUACAGUGGCGUAUGAAUCUUUUAUUAAUAUGCACACAUCAUAGCAGUGCACCCUUGGCUACAAUGUUUUGCCUGUGCCCACCUGGUUUACUCAUUGGACGUCUGUCAGCACCAUGUGAGCAUCCGCUUCUCUUAAGGAGGCCGGAGCCAACCGGCACCGCGUUUCUUUUAGCGAAAUAGCCCAAUUCACCAUCACUUCAAUCGCUUAAACUUGGACAAUACAUCUGUUGAAAAGUA